AUGUUUCCGUCAACCCGCCGCUCUAUCGCCAACGUGCGAGCCAUCGGUCGUCCAAGCCUAUCGGCCCUCUCCACACAAAUCCGCACCCUCUACUUCUGCGGCCCAAAGCCUGGCGAUCACGAUCCAGAUCUGCCCAUAUCGCAACACUACCACGCACGCUCUCGAACAACAAACUCAAUCAAUAAACCACCCACAACUAUCAUCAUUCCCACCCCUCCCGCUCGGCCUGCCACCCCAACCCCGACUCUGAGAAUCUCCGUCACUCGCAUAUGCUCUCAAACAGAGCGUCACACCAUGCCUUAUACAAACAAGCUAGAGACCGCUAGAAAAGUCCUUGAGUGGCUUGUAGCGGCUAUUUAUGAUGAUGCCACAAACUACAACACGGCUGUCAUCAUCAUCAGUGAGAUUGCUAGGCUAGAGGCCGAACUUAGGAGGGGAGAGAUCGAGGGAAAGCAUUGGCAGGAGUUGCAGAAAGUCCGGGAGGAUAUUGAAGGUUUGAAGAACAUGUGGCAGAGGAUGGAGAGAAGGAUUUUCAGAGAAUAG